AUGCUGGCACACCACGGUUCGCAUGGCGAUGCUUUCGGGCUUUUGGAGAGCCCGUUUCCUCCGAAGUAUAUCUCUCCCGGACAGCCAUACCUCGUACCUCGCAAGCAUCCAGUCCCGAUAAGGAACACGCACCAAGCACACGAACUGCGCCUUAUCACAUCGCCCGCGGCACCCGCCUACCGCCCGUCUGCCCUUGAAAGUGACUCUAUUAAUACUAGCUCUCGUCCCAAGAAGACCGAGUCAGUGCGCCCAAAGCAGGAACAACCGCCUUCGCCCGCCAUGUCCGGAUACAGCUACUCGUCUUCAGACCAAGGUAGCUACUCGUAUCAACAACAGCCACCGUACCAACCAGGAGUACCUCAAUACACGCAGCAGCAAAUCAAUGCGUACUAUGCGCAAUACCAAUGUUAUCCACCACAGCCAUGGCAAAUGAUUCAAGAUUAUUAUGUUGAGCAGCCAAUGGGCGUGACACCCGCUCCAUACCAAGAACCCGUGACAGGAUACGAAAGCACAGAAUGGCAAAUGCAAAGUACAGACAUGAAUCUAUCGACGGGUCAAAGUCAUAAAAGAACAUGGACCUGCGAAAUCCCCUCCUGCACCUCCUCAGCGCACUUCACGCGCCUGGCCGACCUGCAACGCCACCAGUCCACCGUCCACGGCGUAGGCACACCCGAGUACCCUUGCCACGUCGCCCGCUGCAACCGCGUAGGCGAAAAAGGUUUCACGCGCAGAGACCACCUAGUCGAGCACCUCCGCAACUUCCACCACAUUGAUAUCCCAAGACGGAAGCCGGGAGAGCGCUCGGCGUUUCCGUUUGGGUGGCCUGAGGGCGCUGGCGUAGGCGGCGGUGCACAGAGUUAA